AUGAUUAGUCGUGGGCAAGCCCAAGAACGUAAUUCGGCCGGCCAGAGGAUCCACACGCUGUUCUCUGUAGAGUGCCAUAACUACUUCGAUUGGCAGACAGUAGGCCUCAUGCACAGCUAUCGUAAGGCCCAACAGCCCGGCCCCAUUACCCGACUCCUAAGCUGCAAAGAGGAGGAGAAAAGGAGUUACAGGGGCAUGCAUUUGGCCCCCACAUUUGAGGUUCCUUCCAUCAGUAGGCACCCCAAGACUGGUGAUUGGUAUCAUGCAAUUAACAAACUAGCUGGGAUUCUGCAUUGGCUAAAACAUAGUGAAGAUUCAGAAAAUGUGGAUUGGGUAGUAAUUUUAGAAGCAGACAUGAUCAUUCGAGGCCCAAUUGUACCGUGGGAACUUGGUGCUGAGAAAGGCAAACCUGUUGCUGCAUAUCAUGGAUACUUGGUUGGAUGUGACAAUGUUCUUGCUAAAUUGCACACAAAGCACCCUGGAUUCUGUGACAAGGUCGGUGGGCUUUUAGCCAUGCAUAUUGAUGAUCUUCGAGCAUUAGCUCCCUUAUGGCUCUCGAAAACAGAAGACGUGCAAGAAGAUAGAGCUCAUUUAUCUGCAAAUCAUACUGGUGACAUAUAUGGAACGAGUUGGAUCAGUGAAAUGUGUGGAUAUUCAUUUGGAGUGUCCGAGGUGGGACUCUGCCACAAGAUAAAUGAUAGCCUGAUGAUUUACCCUGGUUAUAUUCCCCAGGAAGGCAUUAAUCCCAUUCUUUUGCACUAUGGCCAGCCGUUUAGGGUUGGAAAGUGGUCGUUCAGUAAAUUAGAUCACCAUGAAGACAAUAUUGUGUAUAAUUGUGGGCAUCUCUUUCCUGAACCUCCUUAUCCUAGAGAGGUAAAAGAAAUGGAAGCUGAUUCGAACAAAAGGCGGGCAUUAUUACUUAGCAUAGAAUGUAUAAAUACUCUGAAUGAAGGCCUAUUGUUACAACAUGCAGCACAUGGUUGCCCUAAUCCCAAGUGGUCGAAAUUCUUGAGUUUCUUUAGGAGCAAAACAUUUGUGGAAGUAACUCAGCCCAAAUUAUGGACUCCUGGAAGUCGUCAAAUCAUGGAAGUUAAUGUCCAGUCAGAAGAUGAUGGUGAUCCUGCAAAGUCGCGCCCAAAAAUUCAUACCAUUUUCUCAACAGAGUGCUCCACUUACUAUGAUUGGCAAACUGUGGGGCUUGUCCACAGUUUCCACCUGAGUGGCCAGCCUGGAAAUAUCACGAGGCUUCUUAGUUGUACAGAAGAGGACUUGAAGCAAUAUAAAGGACUUGAUAUAGCUCCCACCCAUUAUGUUCCAUCCAUGAGCCGGCAUCCUGUAACUGGUGAUUGGUAUCCUGCAAUACAUAAACCAGCUGGAGUUGCACAUUGGCUGGAUCGUGCAAAGAUUGAUGCUGAUUACAUAGUAAUCCUUGAAUCUGACAUGAUAAUGAGAGGAUCAAUUACACCAUGGGAGUUCAAUGCAGCUCCUGGCAGGCCUGUUGCAACUCCUUAUGACUACCUGAUUGGCUGUGACAACGAGCUAGCAAAAAUCCAUACCCGUAAUCCCAAUGCUUGCAACAAGGUUGGAGGAGUGAUUAUAAUGCAUAUAAGCGACCUCAGGAAAUUGGCUUUACUUUGGCUCCACAAAACUGAAGAGCUCCGGGCUGAUAGAGCUCAUUGGUCAAAAAACAUAACUGGGGACGUUUAUGAAUCUGGUUGGAUUAGCGAGAUGUAUGGUUACUGCUUUGGUGCAGCAGAGUUGAGUUUGCGGCAUGUCAUAAGCAAUGAGAUCUUAAUAUACCCAGGAUCUGAUCCUGUACCUGGUGUCAAGUACAGAGUAUUUCACUAUGGCUUGGAAUUUAGGGUUGGUGAAUGGAGCUUCGAUAAAGCGAGAUGGAGACACGUGGAUUUGGUUAAUAAAUGCUGGGCUAAGUUUCUUGACCCUCCUGAUCCAUCGACCCUUCAUCAGUCUGACGAGGGUGCGUUACAGCGUGACUUGCUCAGCAUAGAGUGUGCAAAAAAAUUAAAUGAAGCUCUACACGUACACCAUGAGAGAAAGAAAUGCCCGAAUCUUACUUCCUUGUCCAGUCCUAACCCCAAGAUCCCGGUUUCCUCUUUGUUACACUCUCCAAAUCGUGAGACACAUGAUCCCCAUUCCUUGCAACCUCCAAAUCGAGAGACCACUAGUGAAAUUACAACUUCGCGGAAAUUAGGAAAGUUUGAUGAAGCGUCGAGACAUUAUUCCAAGCCAGAGAAUGAAUCUCAGGAUUUAUUGCUACUUUCAGUUACCAAUCAAACAUUCACUUCUGUGAGAUUUUGGAUCAUUGUGCUUUGGGCAGUUGCAGUCUUUGGUUUUGUGGCAUUGAUGUCAGCAAUGCUAUCCAGUCGUAAAGGGCAGAAAAGAAGAGGUAGAAGUUUUAAGACAAAGAGAAGAACCACGUACUCAGCUGUGUUGUGGGCUUCUCAUUCUACAAUGGGAGACUCGGCUUGUCUUAUGCAUGGCUUCUCUUAUGCCUCUGCCAUACCCAAUGAAGACAAACAGGGGAACCCAAUGCACGCUCUUGGGGAGUCAAUUUCAUUUGGGAGGUUUACGUCGGAAUCUUUGUCUUGGGAAAAAUGGUCCUCCUUUUCAUCCCACAAGCGUUACGUAGAAGAGGCCGAGAGAUAUGCGCAGCCGGGAUCAGUUGCGCAGAAGAAGGCUUUCUUCGAAGCUCAUUACAAGAGAAUUGCUGCUCAAAAAGCAGCAGCAGCAUUGGUUGAUCAAGAAAAUGCUGCCAACAACGUUGAAACUAAAGUUAGCGGAGAUCAUGCUAAUGAUUUGCAAGAACAAGGGGACGAGUUAAAGAAGCGGAUUGGAAAGGAAGAUUUAGGACUCUAUGCUGGUAAUCAUGGUGCAAUUGCUGAAUCAAACGAAGUGGAAACUGGGAAAGAUGUUGUAAAUGGUGUAACUGAGGCCUCGGGGGAGAUUCUGAUGAGGAAAAAUUCAUCUAACGAGAUACAUAAUUUUGUGAAUCAAGAACCAGCAUCUGGAUCAGAGACUAGUGGUGGAACACCACAGAUGGAGAAACCUCUAUUGAAGAAUUCCGUCCAAACCGACUAUAAUCCAUCUGUGACAAGCAAGAAAAGAUCAGCUCUUUCCUCAUUCAAGUCAUCUAUUCACCAUAAAACGUCUAAAGUUCCAUUUACACCUGCCAAGCCAAUUACUCCUCAUUUCAAGAAAGAACACAAUGUCACAAGGAAGUCUAAUGUAGACUCCAUGGACAAAAAGAAGUCCUCUCAGAAAUCUCUGCGCACGUUGAUUAAUAUGGUUCCUGCUAAAGAACCAGAUAAAGUACCUAUUCCUUCGAACGAAAGAACUGAAAGUUCAGGCGUUCCUCCAGUUUCGUCCAAGACACGAAAAGAUUGUGCGACUCCUCUGAAGACUCCAAUUGGGGUUGCUAAAUAUAAGGUGUCAAAAUAUAUAGCAGCAACGCCUAGAUCAGAAGAUAGAAGGAACAAAGCAUCAAUUGAUCCCUCAGCUUUAGGAAGCAAAACAAGCGGCCCCAAAUGGCACAUUUUAUCAGCAGUUUGCCCCAAGUCAUUGACGGCCUGCCGGAACAAAUUACAAUCACCAACUUUAUCCACUCCAUUUAGUCUGAGAACUGAAGAAAGAGCUGCCAGAAGAAAACAGAAACUCGAGGAGAAAUUCAAUGAUAAGGAGGCGCCAAAGGUGCAACUACAAACAAAACUAAGGGAAAAAGCAGGAAAUGAAUUUAGAAAAUUGAGUCAAAGCUUUUGCUUCAAAGCUCGCCCGCUACCUGAUUUUUACAAGGAACGAGAAAUACCAAAAAAUCAGAUGAAAAAGAGUUCAGUAACACAGCCAGAGUCAACGAGAAAAACCUAUUCAGGCAAGAAGCUAGGCAAUGUCUCAAUGCCACCACCUCCUCCCCCUCCAACAUUUUUGACUAAGAAGAAUGGUACUUCCAAGAAUGUAUCGAAAAAGAAAAUUGUAACCCCAGCCGAUGUACUCACAUCACAACCAGAAAGGAUCAAUCAUGAGAACAAAAGCCCAAAUAUUCAGCAAUGA